CCAGCCUUGUCUAUAUGUCAAUGUGGUGUCUGUCAUGUUACUUAGUCACUCACUCAGUCACUCUUUCAGUCAGUCAGUGUGGUUACAAAAGCCAUUCGUUCAUUCUCUCUGCCGUCCGUCAAAACUGGCUGCCACCCAAACAAAAUGCAUCCAUCCAUCCAUCUCACAUGCCGUCCACUCAUUUAUACCAAUGGCAGCCACCGACCACCAAUCAGUAAACAAAACACUGACACAGUAUUCACAGCCAGCAGCCAAGGGGGGGAGCGACCGAGGGAGGGAGGGAGGGAGGGAAGCAGGGAGGAGGGAGAGGGAGAGAGGACGAAGGAAGGGCGUCCCUCCCCCCGUUGUGUGAAUUCAUUCAUUUCUUGGUCCUGUGUUCCUCGAGCAUCUUCUUGGUCUGAGUCUCGAUCUGCUUGCUCAUCUCGGCAGCCUUCUGCGCCUACACACACCACACCAGACCACACCAGACCACACCACGGCACAGCAAUGAUGCAUAGUCACGCCGAGUGUCGUCGUGGAGGCAGAGCAGCAUGGCUGACGUCUUUUGCUGUGGUGUCUGCGAGCCUGGCGGCCUUCUCCACUUCUGUCAUGCACUUUUCAAGACGGACCUGCCGACCACACAGACACAGACACACUCGAGGAAUGCAGGAAAGCCCCUCUCUGUGCGCAUGUCAGCCCCGCCCACCUCACCUUGUGUUCAUUGAGGACGUCAGGAGUGAGCUGCCUCUCCCCCUGCUGGCUCUCCAUUUGCCGCAACGAACAGACAAGGCAGCUGGUUAAGAAGCUGCAACCAAUCAACCAAUCACCUC